UCCAGAGGUGAAACCACAAUCCCUGGGAAGAAUGUGGCAUUAAGACAAACACUGAGAACGGAGAUAAGAAGAAAGAUGUGUGAGCUUGGCAAAGAGGCACUUUCUGGCAAAAUACUUACAACAGCAAAAAACUUUGGGAACUUCAUUGUGGACGACAGCCGCAAAAUUCUCUACUGUUAUAUUCCUAAGGUUGCCUGCACAAACUGGAAAAGGAUUAUGUAUGUCUUGAAAAAGGGCAAGCCUUACAUCGACCCUGCAGCUGUUCCUCCCAAUGCUGUACAUCAAACAAAAGCACUCAAAUAUCUGUCAAACUUCAGUCCAGCAGAGAGGGAAAUCAGGCUGAUGAACUACACGAAGUUUCUCUUCGUUCGGGACCCAUUUGUUCGCCUUAUCUCUGCUUUCCGAGACAAGUUCCAACCCAUAAAUGAGCCCUUUUAUAAAUCUUACGGAAAAACUAUGGUGAAACUCUACCGUAACCAGUCUCAUCCUCCCAAAACACAGAAAGAGGCAGUAGCUUUAGGACUGCAACCAACAUUUUACAACUUUGUUCAGUACUUGUUGGACCCACGAACAGAAAAAUAUGUGCCCUUUAACGAGCACUGGAGACAAAUGCAUCACCUGUGUCACCCCUGCAUGUUAGAGUAUGAUUUUAUUGGUCACCAGGAGACGCUUCAGGAAGAUGCUGAAGAGCUUCUUAAAAUGUUAGAGGUGGAAAACGAAAUUAAGUUUCCACCCACUAAAAAUGCAACUACAUCGAAUUUGAUCAAGGAAUGGUUUAAAACGGUGCCUCGAGAGGACAGGAGGAUGUUGUACAAACUCUAUAAAUGGGAUUUUAAAAUUUUUGGAUUCAAAAGGCCAGAUGAAAUCCUAGAUAGUUAAUAUUUACGUUGAUCGGUUGAGAUUUAAGGUUUAUAAUAUGGAAUAUAUUGUGUAAAUAAAGAUGAUGCAUGUGGAUGAUUUUAUUGGGAAAUAAGUAGUUAUGACUGGUUGGGUUGUGUGGCCAUAAGGCAUUUAGGAGUUUAUCAUCUUUAUAAUUGUAAUGUUUACCUGUUGUUUUUAUGGAUGAUGUGCAUUACAUCUAUGUUCUCUUCUUUUAUGUCUCUGUUUCCAUGACUUUGACUGCAAAGAUUAUGGGAUACACUAUACAAGAACUAAAGCUCUACAAAUAUUCCUGCUGUCUUAUUAAAGUAUUCCAACUGCUACAAUAUUGAAAUUUAAUUUGAACAUUGA